AAAAACAAUUUUCAUACAGAUUCUUGGAAGGACCUGAUGGUGUCUCGUUACAUGAGAAGUACAUAGAAAUGCUCAAUUUACUUGACCAGUUUGGGGACUGUAUAUAUGCUGAAUGGAAAAGAACGGUGGAUGAGAUCUGUGAAUUCAAUCUGAGCCAGCCAUUGAUAAAGCACGACGUCUCUAGUGGUCUCCUGAGUGUCAAUUUCGACCCAAAGCUUGUGGCUGUAUUGAGAGAAGUGAAAUAUCUCCUGAUGCUGGAGAAAUCAGAUAUUCCGGAUUCUGCCUUAGCCAUCUAUGGAAAAAGAGACACUUAUUUAAAGUACAUUGGAAGUCUUGAGCUGCUUGUCCAGUGGUAUAACAAGCUGAAACUGAGCCUUCUGGAGGUUGAGCAACCCCUGAUUGAAGAGGAGCUAAAGGCCAUCGAUGCCCAGCUCCAGGAGGCAGAGCAAUCAUUCACCUGGCAGAAGGAAGACAGUUGGGACUCCAUGGAGAAGGUGAAGGCAGAGGUCUUUGAGCUACAGCAGAGAGUGGAGCAGACCCAGGAAAAUGUCAGACUGAUCCAGCAGAUCAUGAAAACUUGGACUGAGCGCACCCUGUUUUCUAGGCGAGAUCACAGAAGAGACGCAUUCUUUAGUUUGGAGGGUAAGGGAGACAUGUUCACUAGGAAAUACAGAUGGAUCCAAGAAGAUGGACACCGCAUACAUAGUCUAGUAGAGGAAAACUUGAGGCUCUUCAAAGCCAAUGCCACAUCAGACACCUGGAAGAUAUACCUGGAGUUUAUCGAUGAUCUUGUAGUUGAUGGAUUCUUCAAUGCCAUCAUGCAUGAUUUGGAUUUCUUCCUGGUGAACACAGAGAAAUGUCUGAAAUCUGCUCCAUUUUUUCAAGCACAAAUGAUCCUUAUGGCCCCCGAGAUCAUAUUUAAACCCCCAAUGGAAAGAGAGGCUGGGGAUGGUCUGUAUGACCUCGUGGAAGAGAUCUUAUGCAAUAUUUUUAGAAUGUCUAGCCAAAUGAAGAGAGUGGCAUUACAUCUGGACAUCCCAAAUUACCAGAUAGACAUGGACCACAUGUCAGAUCUGACAGAGACCAGGAAGGAGAUCAUGGGCAGAGUGUCAGCAGUGAUCAGCAAAGUUUUGGACUAUAGGAACUCUUUAGAUACCUACUCUUACCUCUGGGUAGAUGACCGCACAGAGUUCAUGAAGCAAUUUCUUCUCUACAGUCACCCAUUAACUGCAGAGGAAAUGGACAUUCAGGCCAAUGAAGGCCUCCCAGAACAGCCCCCUACAAUUGAGCAGUUCAAAGAACAGAUUGACAUUUAUGAAGCGUUAUAUGUUCAGAUGAGCAGAUUUGAGGACUUUAAGGUCUUUGAAAACUGGUUUAAGGUGGACAUGAAGCCUUUCAAAAUGAGUUUGCUAAGCAUGAUUAAAAAGUGGAGCUGGAUGUUCCAAGAGCAUCUUCUGAGAUUUGUCACCGAAAGUCUGACUGACCUGGAAGAGUUUAUUAAAGUGACAGAUGCUGGAUUCUGCAGAGAGCUGAAAGAAGGUGACUAUAAUGGGCUCAUAGAAAUUAUGGGCCACCUCAUGGCUGUGAAGAACCGCCAGGGAGCCACUGAUGAGCUCUUUGACCCCCUCAAAGCCACCAUCACACUCUUGGAGAGCUAUGGACAGAAGAUGCCUGACCACGUUUACAUUCUCCUGGAGGAAUUGCCUGAAAGAUGGAACACUACCAAAAAGAAUGCUGUGGCCAUGAGACAUGAAGUUGCCCCCCUCCAGAGUGCGGAGGUCACUGUCAUCAGGAGAAAGUGUGUUUUGUUUGAUGGGAAACAGGUGGCAUUCAGAGAGAGAUUCAGAAGAAAAGCCCCCUUCUGCUUUAAUGCUGAUAAGCCCUAUGAAGUCCUUGAUGAGGCAAAUGAAGAGCUGGAGGCAUUAGAAGAAGAAAUGUUGCAGAUGCAAGAAUCGACAAGUCUUUUCGAAGUGGCCCUUCCAGACUUUAAACAAAUCAAACAGUGUCGCAGGGAAAUUCGACUGCUCAAGGGACUCUGGGAUCUGAUUAUUUAUAUACAAAGAAGCAUUGAUAAUUGGACUAAAACCCAGUGGAGACAGAUUAAUGUGGAACAGAUGGAUGGAGAGCUGAGAAGGUUUGCCAAGGACAUAUGGUCACUUGAUAAGGAUGUCCGCUUCUGGGAUGCUUACUUGGGGCUAGAACUAACAGUGAAGAACCUGCUGGCAUCUCUGAGGGCAGUAACGGAGUUACAGAACCCAGCCAUCAGGGAGAGACACUGGCAUCAAUUGAUGGAGAUCACAGGGGUCAAGUUCUCAAUAAAUGAGGGCACGGUUUUGGCAGAUUUAUUGGGGCUCCAGCUGCAUAAAGUGGACGAUGAAGUCCGAAAUAUCGUGGACAUAGCUGUGAAGGAGUUAGGCACUGAAAAGAUUCUUACCGAGAUCAGCUAUACCUGGGCCAUGAUGGAAUUUUCCUAUGAAGACCACUACCGGACAGGCAUCCCUUUACUAAAAUCUGAUGAACAACUUUUUGAGACUCUGGAACACAAUCAAGUUCAGUUGCAGACAAUCCUACAAAGCAAGUAUGUGGAAUAUUUCAUCGAGCAAGCCUCAGGUUGGCAAAGGAAGCUAAAUGCUGCAGACACAAUCAUCUUCCUUUGGAUGGAGGUCCAAAGGACCUGGUCUCAUUUGGAGAGCAUCUUUAUAGGCUCGGAGGACAUCCGAAUCCAGCUUGAUAAAGAUGCAAAAAGAUUUGAUGGCAUCGAUGCAGAUUUUAAGGAAUUAAUGUUUGACACUGCGAAGAUUAAGAAUGUUUUGGAAGCAACAGGCCGACCCAAUCUGUAUGAAAAACUGAAGGAUUUACAAGACAGACUUAUCCUUUGUGAAAAAGCUCUUGCUGAAUACCUGGAGACCAAGCGUUUAGCUUUUCCUCGAUUCUAUUUCGUCUCCUCUACUCAUUUGCUUGAUAUCCUCUCCAAUGGAAAUCAGCCAAAACGGGUCACAAGGCACUUGACCAAACUUUUUGACAGCAUUGCAGAUCUUCAGUUUGCAGAUGGCCAGGGGCCAGCAGCCAGCAGAGCCAUUGGGAUGUAUAGCAAGGAGAAGGAACACGUCCCCUUCUAUACUGAAUGCGAAUGCAUAGGACAUGUGGAAACGUGGCUCCAGGGUCUUGAAGAAACCAUGCAGGAAACUGUACGCUGUUACAUCACAGAUGCUACGGCUGCAUUUGAGGAGAAGCCCAGAGAGCAGUGGAUUCUGGAUUUCCCAGCCCAAGUUGCAUUGACCAGCUCACAGAUUUGGUGGACCACAGAUGUGGGGAUUGCCUUCAGCAGACUGGAAGAAGGAUACGAAACAGCCUUAAAGGAUUAUAAUAAAAAACAGGUUUCUCAGCUCAACACACUCAUCACCAUGUUGCUGGGUGAGCUCACCCCUGGAGACCGGCAGAAGAUCAUGACCAUCUGUACCAUUGAUGUCCAUGCCCGGGAUGUUGUGGCCAAGCUGGUUUCUCAGAAGGUCAUCAGUUCCCAGGCUUUUGCAUGGCUGUCUCAACUCCGGCACCGGUGGGACGAUGCUCAGAAACACUGUUUUGUCAAUAUCUGCGAUGCUCAGUUCCAAUAUUUUUAUGAAUAUUUGGGGAAUGGUCCUCGUCUUGUUAUUACUCCUCUGACUGACAGGUGUUACAUCACCUUAACACAGUCACUCCAUCUCACCAUGAGCGGGGCUCCUGCUGGCCCAGCCGGCACAGGCAAGACAGAGACCACCAAGGAUUUGGGGCAUGCCCUUGGCAUGAUGGUUUACGUAUUCAACUGUUCUGAGCAGAUGGACUAUAAGUCCAUAGGCAAUGUUUACAAAGGCUUGGUCCAGACAGGAGCCUGGGGGUGUUUUGAUGAAUUCAAUCGGAUUGCAGUUGAGGUUCUGUCAGUGGUAGCUGUACAAGUGAAGAUGAUACAUGAUGCCAUCAGGAACAAGAGAAAGAGAUUUAUGUUCCUGGGGGAAGACAUUCGGCUGAAACCCUCGGUUGGCAUCUUCAUCACCAUGAACCCAGGCUACGCUGGUCGGACAGAAUUGCCCGAGAAUCUCAAAGCCCUUUUUAGACCCUGCGCCAUGGUCGCCCCUGACAUCGAACUGAUCUGUGAAAUCAUGCUGGUGGCCGAGGGCUUUGUGGAUGCCCGCCUCUUAGCUCGAAAGUUCAUUGCCUUGUACACUCUGUGCCAGGAGCUGCUUUCCAAGCAGGAUCAUUAUGACUGGGGCCUCCGAGCAGUGAAAUCGGUCUUGGUUGUAGCUGGUUCUUUGAAACGAGGAGAUAAAAAUCGACCUGAGGACCAGGUACUGAUGAGGGCACUCAGGGACUUCAACCUGCCCAAAAUCGUGACGGAUGACAUUCCCGUGUUCAUGGGUCUGAUCGGUGACCUGUUUCCAGCCCUGGAUGUUCCUAGGAAGAGGGAAAUGCAGUUUGAACAGAUGGUUCGCCAGUCAACCCUGGAGCUCUGCUUGCAGCCCGAAGAGAGCUUUAUCCUCAAAGUGGUUCAACUGGAGGAGCUGUUAGCUGUCCGGCACUCAGUCUUUGUGAUAGGAAACGCAGGAACAGGAAAGAGCAAGAUUUUGAGAACUCUGAAUCAAACCUAUGUUAACAUGAAACAGAAACCUGUUUGGAGUGACGUAAAUCCCAAAGCCAUGACAACAGAUGAGCUCUUCGGCUUUAUCCAUCAUGCUACUCGAGAAUGGAAAGAUGGUCUCUUUUCAUCACUCCUGAGAGAGCAAGCCAAUCUUCUGCACAGUGGACCCAAAUGGAUCGUUCUGGAUGGAGACAUUGAUCCAAUGUGGAUUGAGUCACUCAAUACAGUUAUGGAUGACAACAAGGUCCUGACCCUUGCCAGCAACGAGCGGGUAGCCCUCACCCCUCACAUGAGACUUCUGUUUGAGAUCAACCACUUACGGACAGCGACGCCGGCCACUGUGUCCAGAGCUGGGAUUCUGUAUGUGAACCCACAAGACUUGGGCUGGAAUCCGUAUGUGGCUAGCUGGAUCGACAAGAGGAGCCUUCAGUCUGAAAAGGCCAAUCUGACCGUCCUUUUUGAUAAAUACGUGCCCCCGUGCUUGGACAAGCUGAGGACGAGUUUGAAAACCAUCACAUUGAUUCCAGAGAACAGUUUGGUUCAGACUCUCUGCUCCCUUUUGGAUUGUUUGCUGACCCCUGAAAAUGUUCCUUCAGAAAGCCCACGAGAAGUCUACGAGAUCUACUUUAUCUUUGCAUGUAUCUGGGCCUUUGGGGGAGCCCUGCUUCAAGAUCAGCUUUCAGACUAUCCUACUGAAUUCAGUCGCUGGUGGCUCAAACAGAUGAAAGCAGUCAAGUUUCCAUCCCAGGGAACAGUUUUCGAUUAUUAUCUUGACCCCAAGACCAGGAAAUUUUUGCCUUGGGCUGACAAAGUUCCCAAAUUGACUAUGGACCCAGAUGUGCCUUUACAGACAGUCCUCGUUCACACGCCAGAGACAAUACGUCUCCGCUACUUUGCCGAUUUACUGCUGGCCAAAGGGAAGCCAUUAAUGCUCGUCGGCAAUGCCGGAGUGGGGAAAACCAUCUUUGUGAAGGAUACGCUUGCCGGCCUUUCCGGAGAUUAUGAGGUGUCCAACAUCCCUUUCAACUAUUAUACGACAUCGGCCGCGCUGCAAAGGAUUCUUGAGAAGCCCCUGGAGAAAAAGGCAGGUCGUGCCUACGGUCCAGCAGGAAACAAGAAACUCAUUUACUUCAUCGACGACAUGAACAUGCCUGAGGUAGACGUGUACGGCACUGUCCAGCCUCACGCACUGAUUCGACAGCACAUUGAUUAUGGCCACUGGUAUGACAGGCACAAGCUGACGAUGAAGGAAAUCCAUCACUGCCAGUACGUGGCCUGCAUGAACCCCAUGGUGGGCAGCUUCACCAUCGAUCCUCGACUCCAGAGACAUUUUUCAGUGUUCGCCUGUAACUUCCCGUCUGUGGACUCCGUCGCCACCAUCUAUAGCCAGAUCUUCAGCCUCCAUUUCCAGCAGCAAGCCUUCAGCCGCCCGUUCCUCCUCCGUGGCGGUGCGGCACUGGUCCAGGCAGCCAUCGGCCUUCAUCAGACGAUGAUUCUCCACUUCCUCCCCACUGCUGUGAAGUUCCACUACACCUUCAGUCUGAGGGAGCUCUCCAGGGUCUUCCAGGGAAUAUUAUUUGCCACCCCCGAGUGCUUGAAGGGGCCCCAGGAUCUCAUGCGCCUUUGGCUUCAUGAAUCGUCCCGAGUUUAUGGAGAUAAGCUAAUAGACAAAAAGGACUGCGAUUUGUUUCAAAAGAAAUUGCUGGAAACUGCUCGCAGAUAUUUUGAGCAGGGCGCAGAAGAGUCCAUUCUGGUCCAGCAACCUCUCAUCUAUUGCCACUUUGCCAAUGGUGUGGGAGACCCAUGUUACAUGCCAGUGAAGGAUUGGGAAACGCUGAAGGAGGUGCUAACAGAGACCCUGGACACCUACAAUGAGCUGAAUGCAGCCAUGCCACUGGUCUUUUUUGAAGAUGCCAUGCAACAUGUGUGCCGUAUCAGCAGGAUCUUGCACACUGCUCAGGGUCACUGUCUCCUGAUUGGCGUGGGAGGCAGUGGCAAACAGAGCUUGUCUCGCCUCGCUGCAUACAUCUGCUCCUUCGAGGUGUUCCAGAUCACACUGAGGAAAGGCUAUGGGCUCCAGGACCUCAAGACAGAUCUCACCAGUUUGUACAUCAAGACAGGAGCCAAGAACAUGCCCGCUGUGUUUCUGCUGACAGAUGCCCAGGUUCCGGACGAACGCUUCCUGGUGCUGAUUAAUGACUUGUUGGCAUCAGGAGACAUCCCGGAUCUCUUCAGCGAGGAGGACGUGAACCAGAUCGUGUCCGGAGUCCGGAGCGAGGUCCGUGGCCUGGGCCUCGUGGACACAAGAGAAAACUGUUGGCAGUUCUUCGUGGCCAGGGUGCGGCGGCAGCUCAAAGUUAUUCUGUGCUUCUCUCCCGUUGGUCACACUCUGAGAGUGAGAUCUCGAAAGUUCCCAGCUUUGGUCAACUGUACGGCUAUCGACUGGUUCCACGAAUGGCCCCAGGAAGCCCUGCUGUCUGUCAGCCGACGGUUCAUUGAAGAAAUCCCAGGAAUUGAGCACAGAAUCCAGGAUUCUGUGAGCGCCUUCAUGGCCUUUGCGCACACCAGUGUGAAUGAGCUGAGUGGCCGCUACUACCAGAACGAGAGGAGAUACAACUACACCACCCCCAAGAGCUUCCUGGAGCAGAUCUCUUUGUACAAGACACUGCUGAAGAAGAAACAGCAGGCAGUAGCCCAGAGGAAGGAGCACCUGGCCAACGGCAUCCAGAAGCUCGAGACCGCGGCAACCCAGGUAGCAGCCCUAAAAGGCAAGCUGGCUUCUCAGGAAGGAGAGCUCCAGCUGCGAAGUCAGGACGCAGAGGCUCUGAUUGCCAAGAUCGGCCUGCAGACGGACAGAGUGAGCCAGGAAAGGGCCACCGCUGAUGGCGAGGAGCAAAAGGUCGCUGCAAUCCAGGCAGAAGUAUUCCAGAAGCAGAGAGAGUGUGAGGCUGACCUCGCCAAAGCUGAGCCCGCCCUCGUGGCAGCCGCCGAUGCCCUGGAUACGCUCAACAGGGUCAACCUCUCGGAGCUGAAAGCCUUCCCCAAUCCACCCCUUGCCGUCACCAACGUCACCGCAGCUGUGAUGGUCCUGCUGGCUCCUCGGGGUCGGGUGCCCAAAGACCGCAGCUGGAAAGCAGCCAAAAUCUUUAUGGGAAAGGUCGAUGACUUUUUGCAGGCGCUCAUUAACUACGACAAAGAACACAUUCCAGAGAACUGUCUGAGAGUGGUUCACGAGCAGUAUUUGAAGAACCCCGAGUUCAGCCCAAACCUCAUCCGCACCAAGUCUUUCGCCGCAGCCGGGCUCUGCGCUUGGGUCAUCAACAUCGUCAAGUUCUACGAGGUCUACUGUGACGUGGAGCCCAAACGCCAGGCCCUCGCCCAAGCCAACAUGGAGCUGGAGGCUGCCACGGAAAAGCUCCAGGCCAUCAGGAAGAAGCUUGCUGACCUGGGCGAUAAUCUCAACCGACUCACGACAUCCUUCGAAAAGGCGAUCGCUGAGAAGGUCCGGUGUCAAGACCAGGUGAACCAAACCAACAAGACGAUUGGGCUGGCCAACAGGCUGGUCAGGGAGCUCGAGUCUGAGAAGGUGCGCUGGGGCCAGGCAAUCACCUCCUUUGAGGCCCAAGAGAAAACACUCUGCGGAGACGUCCUGCUGACGGCAGCUUUUGUCUCUUAUGUCGGCUAUUUUACCAAACAGUACCGAGAGGAGCUGGUACAAUGCAAGUGGAUCCCCUUCCUGAAGUCCCAGAAGGUUCCCAUCCCCAUAACAGCAGGCUUGGACGUGAUCACCAUGUUGACUGAUGAUGCCACCGUGGCUGCUUGGAACAAUGAGGGGCUGCCCAGUGAUCGGAUGUCCACUGAAAAUGCCACCAUUCUCACUCAUGCCGAACGCUGGCCCCUGAUGAUCGACCCACAGCAGCAGGGGAUUAAAUGGAUGAAGAAUAAAUAUGGAGCCGACCUCAAAAUCCUCCGUCUGGGCCAGAAAGGGUUUUUGAAUGCCAUUGAAAACGCGUUGGCUUUUGGAGACGUCACCCUCAUUGAGAACCUGGAUGAAACCAUCGAUCCGGUCCUCGAUCCACUGCUGGGGAGGAACACAAUUAAACGCGGGAAGUUUAUCAGGAUUGGGGACAGAGAAUGCGAAUUUCACCCAAACUUCCGGCUCAUCUUGCACACAAAAUUGGCUAAUCCUCACUACAAGCCUGAGCUGCAGGCACAGACCACCCUCCUCAACUUUACUGUCACAGAAGAUGGGUUGGAAGCCCAGCUCUUGGCAGAUGUGGUCAGUGUGGAACGGCCAGAUUUGGAAAAACUCAAGUCAGUUCUGACAAAGCAACAGAAUGACUUUAAGAUUGAGCUGAAGCAUCUGGAAGAUGAUCUCCUCCUCCAUCUGUCCACAGCAGAGGGGAGCUUCUUGGAUGACACAGAGCUGGUGGAGAAACUGGAAAUCACCAAAUCCACAGCAGCAGAAAUAGAGCUCAAGGUGGAUGAAGGCAAAGAAAAUGAAGCCAAAAUUAAUGAAGCCAGGGACUGUUAUAGACCAGUGGCAGCCAGAGCGGCCCUUUUGUACUUUGUCAUUAAUGACCUCCGAAAAAUCAACCCCAUCUAUCAGUUCUCUUUGAAGGCUUUCAAUACUCUCUUCCACAAAGCCAUCAGGCAAUCGGAAAAGGCAGAGGACACUCAGGAGCGCCUCUCCCACCUGAUGGAAAGCAUCACCUACUCUGUUUUCCUCAACACCAGCCAGGCUCUGUUUGAAAAGGACAAGCUCACCUUCCUCUCCCAGAUGACUUUUCAGAUUCUGCUGCGAAAUAAAGAGAUAGAAGGCCUUGAAUUGGAUUUCCUGCUUCGCUUCACAGUAGAACACACUUACCCGAGUCCCGUCGACUUCCUAACGACGCCGUCAUGGAGUGCUAUUAAGGCAAUCGCCCGAAGGGAAGAGUUCCGAGGGCUGGACCGCGAUGUGGAAGGCUCUGCCAAGCAGUGGAAGAGGUGGGUCGAGUCGGAAAGCCCAGAGAAAGAAAAGUUUCCUCAGGAAUGGAAGAAUAAAAGUCCUCUCCAAAAGCUGAUCAUCCUGAGAGCCGCGCGGCCCGACCGCGUGACCUACGCCCUCAGGAACUUUGUGGAGGAGAGGUUGGGCCCCAGAUAUGUGGAGGGGCCCCGCCUGGACUUGGGCAAGUCCUAUGAAGAGAGCAGUCCAGCCACCCCUGUGUUCUUCAUCCUGUCCCCAGGAGUGGAUGCGCUCAAGGAUGUGGAGGUCCUUGGAAGAAAAUUGGGCUUUACCAUGGAUUCCGGAAAGUUCCAUAACAUAUCCUUAGGCCAAGGCCAAGAGGCCGUGGCGGAAAUGGCGUUGGAGAAAGCUUCCAAGGAGGGACACUGGGUCAUUCUCCAGAACGUCCAUUUGGUGACCAAGUGGCUGGGGACGCUGGAGAAAGCCCUGGAGCGGCUGGGCCGGGAAGGCCACCAGGACUGCAGGGUCUUCAUGAGCGCGGAGCCGGCGCCCACGGCCGAGGAGCACGUCAUCCCUCCGGGCCUUCUGGAGAACUCCAUCAAGAUCACCAACGAGCCCCCCACGGGCAUGCUGGCCAACCUGCACGCGGCGCUCUACAACUUUGACCAGGACACCCUGGAGUCGUGCUCCAAGGACCAGGAAUUCAAGAGCAUCCUCUUCUCCCUGUGCUACUUCCACGCCUGCGUGGCUGGGAGGCGGAAGUUCGGUGCUCAGGGCUGGAACAGGAGCUACCCUUUCAACCCCGGCGAUCUCACCAUCUGUGCUGACAUCCUCUACAACUACUUGGAGGCCAGCGCGAAGGUCCCGUGGGAAGACCUGCGUUACCUCUUUGGUGAGAUCAUGUAUGGCGGCCACAUCACGGAUGACUGGGAUCGCAAGCUGUGCCGGGGCUAUUUGGAAGAAUUCAUGAACCCCUCCAUGCCUUGUGUCCAUUAAAGAAAGCAAAAGCCCAGAAAAGACCUGUCCCCUCCCUUUUAUUGACAUACAGCCUGUAAUGGAUGCAAACCUGGUGUUAUGGGAGGAAUGUUGACGGACAGGUCAAGCUACCCAGGUGGGGGAGGGGAUAAGAUCCACUCAGCAUAGAGGUAGCAAAUUUCUUAUCCUAAAAUUACUCUCAAACAAGAAAAUUUUUUAUAAAUCUAGAAGUUUAUGCAUUCCCCCUAAGGAGGAUGUUGACCAACACAUGGAUCACCCUGGGAUACAUGGCUGAGUUAAGAGGUAUAUGAAUCAAUUGUCAAAAUAAAAUUUAAAACAUUUAAAAAAAACAAAAGAGUAAAAAGUAACUUCUGGGUAAAACAUAAAAUAUCAAAGUCUCAUGUGUAAAAAUUCUAAGUAAGGAAGAAUAAACCUAUAACAGGUCCUAGAAUCAGGGCCCAAUUAAAGUGAUUUAUGUCCCAGAAGCCUGUUUUAGCAAUUAUGCACUAAUCCAAUCAGCAACCAGAACUACAGAAAAUUGCCAUACAAUGAAAAAGAGAAAAGGCACUAGAUUUUUGGAGCAGAAGAGAAAUAUCAUUCUCUGGUCUGAUUUUACUUUUGCUCUCAGGGAUAGGGGAGCCAAAAUGGCAGCUUAACUGAGGUACUCGAUAGUAGUAUAGACCUGGCACAAGGGAAUCCUAUGUCUGACUUUGCAAAUAGCCACUUCAUCGAACCAAAAGUAAAGUUCAAGCCCCUUGUCUUGGUGCAGAAUCUCAUUAAUCCCACCAGGAUUUGUUGGUCUUCUUGACCUUGUAAGGUCCUAGGCACUGUGCAGAUCAACUUUGUGCUCCUUGGCACUGUGCAGUAGCUUUUUUGUGAUCCCUUCUCCUGGAAUCAGACACAAUCAUUAAUCAAAGUCCUAUAAUAUUUAACAAUUAAUGACAGGUUUCCAUAGUCUAAAGCUUUGGGGUAUAUAUUGACAUUAGGGCUAAUGAAUAUUUUAAACUUAUCCUAGUGCAAAAUUAAAAAAAAUUAAUACUGGUAAUGUACUUCAAGUACAAAAAAUUAGAGAAAAAAGAAAAGAAAUACUCUAUUGUACAUACAAGGAAAAAGCAAUAAUGAAUUUUUUUUAAAUCAAAAAUAUAUAGUUCACAUUCUAUGAAAAGGUGUCAGCCAAUAGAGGCACAAUACAAAGGCUUCUCACUUAAAAAUGAGAUCCUUUUUAGCUUGGCCAUGAUCCACAGUGUGAGUGUACAUGAUUUUUACCUAGUAAUAGCUUUUUAAAAUAGUACAGAAGCUAAUGCGCAUUCAAAGAAGUACCCAAAUCCCCAAAAUCAUAAGAGCUGAUUUAAUGACAAUAGCAAACAAACCUGCUAUCAUUAGUGUUCACAUGAGUCUCUAUAGCCAUUGCUGUGUGACAUUUAAAAAACCUUCGAAACUCAUGAAUACUUGUCACAAGUUCUCCAGAUCUAGCUAAUCUGUCAACUUUAGCUGAGAUGUUUCUAACAAAGUCUAUUACUGCCAUCAUUCCAAAAUUUGUCAGGAGAGUCCAGAAAAAAAAAACAACAACCACCAACUUCUGCACUGCUGAUGAAAACCUUUUGGGUCUAAAAUAUCACCAAGAAUCAAGAUCAUUCUGGUGGAAGGGUGGAGUAAGUCAAAGAGUUACAAAUAUAAAAAACCAUCCAGAAGCUACUAGGCUUCAUGGGAAAAUUCUCCCUCCAGGAGCCAUCUAGGAGUUACGAAGCUCCCUGGGAAAUCCUUCCCAUCUCCCAGAUGAGAUUAUAACCCAUCACUGGGUAACCAAGUCCCUUGGAAAACCUCCCUCCUCUUGUAUGAGACUGUAACAGCCGUAAAAGGCAUGUAUUUAUAUGUCCCAUCCAUUGCAAUUUGGAGGCGAGGAUUAUAAUAGUGAAAAUCACUUCUGAUGUCUCAGCCAUUACAUUUUUUAUAAAUGUGGAGGUGGGGAAUAAAAUAGUGCUAUUGCACUUCACUUCAGCUACUAAAUAGAUCCUUAUCUUUUGUUACACACAACUCAAAGGUAGGCAAAUGAUAAAUCAGAGGCAGUGAUGCUAUUAGAUUCUGAAAAUCACUUCUGAAGACCGCUUAAAAUCAAUUGAGAUUUUUGGCUCAUUAAAUUCUCUAAAGGUUGCAUAUAAGUCGUAACCAGUUUGAUGGAGUCCAUUCAUCAUCAUCUAUGUGACAAUUAACAAAAUCAAAAAGGAAAAAAAGGCCAUUUAGGCAACACAUAACCUUGAUAGAUCUGGUGACAAACCCAGCAUCCAUAAGGACCUAUGGUUUGCACAGAAAAGGGUUUGUCCAAGUUGUUUAUGGACUUUUACAAUAGUAUAUUCUCAAAUCCAGUCAUAGGGGGAAGGUACAAAUAAAGACAAUGUAACAGAACAUAUAGCUAAUGGCCAAAACACAGUAGCUAAAAAUGACAUUGUAUAACAGAAUAUUAUCGAUUAGAUUAAUAUGUGAACUUAAAAACAAAAUUAAAUUUUGAAGCAAACAAUCAACAAAUACAAUAAAUGUGACAGGAUGUGAACAAUUAAUUCAAACGUCCUUUUCUCCAAUUUUGAUAGCUGUGUUACAGAGACUUCUUCACUAUUUGGAGGGGAACAAACUGAAAUAGUUAACAUCAAUAAGGCAAUGGAAUCUGAAAAGGAUUAAAAUUCACCUCCAUACUCAUUGAGUUUCCUUCCCCUCCCCAGUAUCAUCAUCCAGCUAGAUUCUUUAGGUCACACUUUUGGAGUUCUCCAUACCAAGGGGGAUUUCCACACUGAGCAAAGUGUGGAUGAACCCCAUAUUGGAUGUGUUACCGAGACUGGGUAGAAUCUCCCUUCUGCAUCUUGAAAUUAUUCAAUAUACAUUUUUUCUUGAGGAGGAAUGGAUAAAUUUCAAAGUAUCCAAUCAGUACAAGUACUCCCAGGAAUGGUAGUAAGAAAAGAUAUCCUAAAAUGGUAAUGCACUGUUCUUUCAUAGAGUGGGCCAUGCUUUUAAAAUCAAAUUAUUAAAUUGGUUGCAAAUCUACUUCCUGUCCAAAGGUGGCAUUACUCUAGUAUAUAUUGGCUAGGAGCAAAAGCCUCACAAGGAAUGUUUUGGAGAAGAAUUCUGUCCCUUCCCCUCCCCAGGGGUAAAGCCAGUGGCCCCGUGACACCUCAGUCCCCACCCUCAGAGCUGGGAGUAUGGAAGCCUGCUAGGUUAGCCAGGCUGGAGUUGGGGUGGAUAGCAUGGGUUGGUUACAGCAGGAAGCAGCUUAUUCAUUUUGGCCAGGAGCCCCUCAAGCCAUGAAAAUGAAACCAUGUAGGCAGGCUGGCAAAACAAAAAUGGCAGGAGCAAGCAGCAGGGCACCAGAAGUGGCAGUAAAGAAAUGCACCUUUGCAAAAUUUAUCUAUUCCCUAUUUUUUCUCAAAGGCUAGCUUAAAAAAAUCAAGAAUUCUAUGAAUUCGUGGUUUGCCAACAAUGUAAGAUUUAAAUUAAUAUCCAAUAACUCCAAGUAUUAUAUUUUAUAAGAUUUAUUAGUAGUCACUUGAAAUAGAAGAAAUAAAAGAACAAAGUACAAAAAAAAAUUUUUUUUAAUUAAAAAGAAUUUUUAACCCUUACCUUCUGUCUUGGAAUCAAUACUGUAUUUUGGUUCCAAGGCAGAAGAGUGGUAAGGACUAAGCAAUGGGGGUUAAGUGACUUGCCCAGGGUUACACACCUGGGAAAUGUGUGAGGCCAGAUUUGAACCCAGGACUUCCCAUCUCUAGGCCUGUCUCUCAAUUUAUUGAGCUACCCAGCUGCCCCCAAAAAUACAAACCUUUAAAAUGACCAUGUAAGUAAACUUCUCCUGUUUGGCUCUUACCCAACCUACACUCUUGCCUUCCUUGGACCAGAGAGCCAGACGGCAGAGCUACACAAAACUUAUAUUGUCCCUACCUUAGUACUUUAGCAUAAAUACACAAAUGGGAUGUUGGGAAAGAGACCUAGAGAGCAAAUUCUAAUUACACACUUUCAAAGUACUUAGAAAUGUCUGUUUAAUAUUUCAAGCUUUAUAGAAUGUGAUCUUUUUAGCACAGUUUAAUGUAAUGAUUUAAGAGGAACUGAUUUUCUUAGGAAAGGCAAACCUUUGAAACUUCUUUAAGUGAUUACAAAUUCUGAAUUAAUGGCUUUUUAGGGGCCUUUGAUAAUUAGUCAGCCUUCUUACUUCAGGAUUCUCCCUUGAUUCCUUGAAAUUAAUAUCAUCAUGCUUAAUAAUCUUUCUGCUAAAGCAAGCUGAAACAAAAUUGUGUAGAUCUUUUGCAACUUAUGUAUAAACUAGAUUUCUGUGUGUUCAUUUCAUUUGGAAAUUAUCUGAUAGAGUUCUCUGAAACUAAGAAUUAAAUUCUCAAUUCUUUAACUUGUUUCCUAGCACAUAAUUUGAAAUAUUACAAAACUUAGCAGCAUCAAAAGUGAAUUUUAAACCUGAUUUUGGUUGGUUGUUUUUUAAAGCUCUAUUGCCCCUCUGAAUAUCUGGCUAGAUUUAAAAUAUUUACUGUUAUUAAACCUAGCUUUCUGUGUUAAGCAUUAUCUUUGGAAUUCAUUCUCUUCCCAUUCACAGUGGAUUCAGAGGUUGAGUCCCCCAGAGAGCAGCUACUCCUUCCCCCUUCAUGGUUCUAGUAGUAACCCUGAGGAUCUGCAAGUGAUAAAUUACGUUCAUGUGUUGCCCCAAUAUCAUUUAAUGACAUCAUCUUUCUAAUAUAACAAUUAACCAGUUAGAAUCCAUUAACUUUUACAAAGGGAUAUUUUCAAAAAGGUCUAGCAAGGACUACAUACAUCCCCCUGAACCACACAGUCCCAAGAAAGUAGAAUCAAAUUUAAAGUGAUUGUUAGAACUCCCCCACAAAAGAAGAAGAGAGAAGGAAGAAGAAGAAGAAGAAGAAGAAGAAGAAGAAGAAGAAGAAGAAGAAGAAGAAGAAGAAGAAGAAGAAGAAGAAGAAGAAGAAGAAGAAGAAGAAGAAGAAGAAGAAGAAGAAGAAGAAAUGAGAAGAGAAGAAAAAGAAGAAAUGAGAAGAAAAGAAAAGGACAAGAAGAAGAAAAGAAGAAGAAAUGAAAGGAAGAAGAAAAGAAGAAGAGAAACAACAACAUGAUGGGGAGGGGGGAAAUUCUUUUUCUGAGGAAUUUUUUCCUGCCUUUGAGGGAUUUCCCAAAUGGUCACUGCUGGGUGUGGGAGAACCAAUGAAUAAGUCAUUCCCUGGCUUGUAGGACCCAGUGUCUCAGUUGCAGGGUUAAUCCACUCUUAGGCAGAAAGAUCAAACAGGUCACUCAGGGAUCUGCCACUGCUACUACCAGCUCUGGUUGUUGAGGGAACCUUUGUUGUCUCUCUGACCCACUGAAGAUCACAAGGCCAUACCUGGGUCCAUUUCAUCCCUGAUAUUCCCUCACCAACGGUCAAGAGAGAAUAACCACAAGAAGGCAAAGAAAAUAGUGCAGUGAUGCCUUCGUGGCCACAUGGCGACCACAGAGGGAACGAAAGCAGAAGACUCUCUGUUCCUGUAUGGGAGUCCCAAACCAUUUGUUCUCCUUACUUGAAAGUCUCCAGAGAAGUCUGCCCAUCCAUUCAAGUCUUUUCUGUUUCAGCUCAGCAGCCAAUUUUAAAACCAUUUCAUUUCCAUUCAUAAAGCCAACAGGACAGUCCUGAAGUGGGGAGAAGGCUUAGCAAGCCUGUGGACUGGCAACAGGCAGAGACUUCUGUGCCUGUUGUAGGGAUUAGGCAUGUAGAGGCAGCUCCAUGGGACCAGGGCUAGAGCCUGGACCUGAAAUUAGGCACAUCAGAGUUCAAAUCUGGCCUCACUUACUAGUUAAGAGCCCCCAGGGUAAGUCAUUUUCCCUCUGUUUCAUCUGUAAAAUGGAGAUAAUUAAAGUCCUGCCUCCCAGGGCUGUAGUCAGAAUAAAGGAGCAUCAGAGUUGUCAGGCAUUUUGCAAACCUUAAUGUUAUAUUAAUUCAAGCUCUUAUUAUUAUGGGCCAGUCCUCAGUUACAUUUGAUUCAAAUGAAGUACAGUUAUCUCUUCCCCAUCAGGUAAUUUUGGGGGGAGUUUUGUGGAAGCUGCAGACAACACACAGAGGCCAGCAGAUGACGGAAAAAAGUAAGGCAUUCAGAAAGGCACACAACCCCAAAUUUACAACAAGGUACCAUAAAUACCCCAUUAAAGAAAAAGAAAAAAUCCAGACUUCUUGAAUAGAGGACCAAAAAGUUCUACUCAGACUUUCCAGCUCCCAGGGGCAUUACACCCCUCACUCCCACAAUGCAGGAAGACGACAGUGUAACGUGUGCAGAGAAUUCUGUAAACAUAAAGCAUUGCGCAAAUGUGAGCCAUUAAUAUUUUUAUCGUUAUUGAAGUAAAUUGGGCUAAAUGGUCUUUAAGGCCCCUUCCAGCUCUGAGAUAUAUUCAUUAUUCAUUGAGGGGUUUUGAUCUUAUCCUGGAGGGAAGAGGGAGCCACUGAAGCUCCAUAAGCAAGAUAGUGGCAUGGUGAGAUCUAAGCUGAAGAAAACCACUGAGGUGAGGAAUGAGGUAGGAGGCUAUCAUGGUAAUCUAAGCAAGAGGAGACAAAGGCUGGGACUGAGGCGGUGGCUUCAUGAGGAGAGAGAUGGGGACAGAUGGGAGAAAUAUUGUAGGGGAAGAAUCAAUUAGACUCGGCAACGGAUUGUUAUUAUUAUUAAUAUUGUUACUAAUAAUAAUCACCAACAUUUCUACUAUUUACAAUGAUCUCAUUUUGUCCUCACAACAACCCUGGAAGGCAGAGGCUAUUAUUAUCCCCAUUUUACAGAUGAGAAAAAUGAAGUAAAGGUGAAGUGACUUGCUUGGGAUCAUGUAGCUAAUUUUUUAUCUGAAGGAUUCACACUCAGAUCUUCUUAAUUCUAUGUCCAGCUCUCUCUCUCCCACGCUACCUACACAGGACUGUUCAUGCCCCCCACACCACACUCAGGAAUCAGGAGGAUUUUCAUGGAGGGAGGACAAUUGGACUAACCCA